UUUUUUGCCAUUGCUCCCCCCACGCACCAACCAGACCCUCUGGAUCAUGACAAGAGAGCCUCGCUGACUCUAAACAAACAUCUCCUGAUUCCUGUCAGCUGCUGCAGACACUAUAAGAGCAAUUUCUGUUGAAACCACAGCACCACCACAUAGAAGACACACAGAAGACAUAGAUACCAAGGUGCCAGCACUUGUCGCUUGGAAGGGAAAAGCCUAGUGGUGUUUGAAAUACACGGAAAAAAGUGGAGCUUCAAAUGACAGUGUGCUCUGCUGAUGGACAGCACUGGAAAUUAGGCAGGGAGAAAGACACCAUAAGGUGAAGUAUUGGGCUUCUGUUUUCCGAUCCUGUUUUGGCGCCAUUUUUUGGUGAUUUCUGGUGUGGAAAUGGGCAAGGAGACUCUGCAGAUGUUUUAGCACUGGUUCAUUUGUUUUUGCAGAAAAAGAAAAGACUUUAUUUAUGCUGUGCCUAGGUACUGAGUAACUUUUUGACGCCUGUUUUUGAAAAACCCCCCUCCCCCAAAAGAGGAAAAGAAGAAUAAGACUUAAGUAGGCAGGCAAUAUGGCCAACUCUGGGUUCCAGAUUCUGGGCUAUUUCCUGGCAUUGGGCGGAUGGAUCGGCAUCAUCUCAACCACCGCUCUCCCACAGUGGAAGCAGUCAUCUUACGCCGGGGAUGCCAUCAUCACAGCCGUGGGGCUCUACGAGGGGCUGUGGAUGUCUUGUGCCUCGCAGAGUACCGGCCAGGUUCAGUGCAAGGUGUUUGACUCUCUGCUGUCCCUGGAUGUGCACAUCCAGACCUCCCGGGGCCUCAUUGUUCUUUCUGUGCUGAUGGGCUUCAUCGCCAUCAUCAUCAGCGUUGUGGGCAUGAAGUGCACAAGAGUCGGAGACAAUAACCCUCUCGUCAAGAGCAGGAUUGCUAUUUCUGGGGGGGUCCUCUUCCUCCUUUCAGGGCUGUGUACAUUCGUCUCGGUCUCCUGGUAUGCCACACAAGUGUCCCAGCAGUUCUUUAACCUCAACACACCCGUAAAUGCAAGGUACGAGUUCGGCUCGGCUCUGUUCGUGGGCUGGGCGGCGGCCAGCCUGACCAUGCUAGGGGGGGCCUUCCUGUGCUGCUCCUGCCCCCCAGAGGAAGGGGCCGGCCAGCAGUAUUACAGGCACUCGCAGUCCCAAGCCUCCACCGCCAGGGAGUAUGUGUGAGACCAGGAGGCUGCUGAGGGCAUUGAAUGCCAGUAACAAACACAAACUCACACACUUACAACACAGUCACACACACACGUAAUCUAGCAUUUCUGCAUUACAUAUAACCUCACGCUAGUGAUAGACAAAAUGACACCACAUGAACCUUUUGCUGUAUUUUUUAGCCCACUAGAUGGCAGUCUUUGUCCAAAAAAGGGCACAAAGUCUGAUUUAAAGCAAACCAAGAGCACCAUCUAGUGGGGUCAAAAAAUACAGCAAAUGGUUCAUGAAGGGUCAUUUUGUCCAUCGCUACCUCACACCAUCAAAAUGGAAACGCAACUUUUUUGGCAGCUUUAAUUUCUUAAAGAUGGUGUAAAAGGCCAUUUCCUCUUAUGACAUAACGUCUUUUCUAAAGGGAUAUAUAGUCUAAUCUGGAAGCAAAACCUAAAUUAUUAACCCUUGAUAAAGACAGUAAAAUCCUUACAUACAGUACAAUAACACGUUCACACCAAAAUACACAGAGAAGUACAUGCACAAAGAAACAUUUAGCUAGAAUUUUACAGGGAGAUAAGAUUAAUGUUAUAUAGUCAUAUAUUAGCAUCAUAUAAUCUAAUAUCAUUUAUUGUGUUUGGAGAGUGCUAAAUUGCUGCACUGCUCCACAAAGAACAGUUGGUCUUAACAUAAAAAUAUUGUUUUUUCACCUUCUAAAUCCAAAGUUAUUUUGCUGACCCUUUCCGAACUACACAAUUGCUUUUUUUGUAAUUAGUUAUGAUAAAUAGUGUAUUUGUUGUUUAAUAAAUAUGUACAACCUCAGCAUUUAUCAAACGCGUUUGCUAAUCGAAGACUGCAGAUAAUUUUACUCGGAAGGGUUGAUUGACACAGUCACAGUGUAUAACACAUGUGGAUAUGGAAGAUGAUAAGCUUUUUGAUUUUUUUUUUGUCAAGAUAUUCAUAGGAAGCUGAUAUUUGUUUUAAAUAAAGACGAGGAUUUCAGAAAAUGAACAACGAUAUUGCUCUCAAACUGUACUAAUUCUAUGUCAUGUUCAGCUCUGAGCUUGUUUCUGGAUAGUUUACACACGGGUUUAAUUUAGAUUAACGGGGUGUAAUUCAAUAUGCACCAUAAUUAAGGCUGCAGUAAGUGUGUCGGUUUAUCUCCGGCACCUAAACUACGUGCAGCACAUUUUGGAUUAUGUUUUGAAAGCGUACACAGUUUAUGACUUAGGAGACUGUGUUCUCUAAAAAAUACCGCGCCAGCCUUAAAGUAGACUAGUAACGGCGGUCUCGGUGUGACUCUAUAUACGUCGUUUAAAACCGAAACCAGUAAUCAUUUUCAUUUUUUACUAGCCUAUAUUUUUAUGAUCCAUAGUCUUACUUAAACUAAAAACAAUCACCUGAGAACUAAAUUACAAGCACACGUGAUGCAUGCUGGUUUUAGCAUAUUAGUAACUGUAAAAAAGCUGUUCUAUUCAUAUUAGAAUGAAAAAGUUAAACUAGUAAUUAUUAGUUAUGGUAUCAGUAUGUAGUGUACAUGAAAUUCAUUAAUCGACGUUCACAAAAAUGUCAAUAUAACCAUUUUCAGUUUUAUUGAGAUCUGGUCAGACUUCUUUUUCCGUGCCGCGGUCUUCGGGUGUUGAGGCGGUCAGUCACCAUACAUGCGCCAAAUGUUUGCUUCCAAUUAAAUCGCACGCACAGAAGUUGUAUUGUUGGACAAGCACUAGUGCCAGUAAAUUGCAAACCCAGCUAAACUAAUUUAUUCCAGCUGCAAUAUAUAAAAAAAAUUGUUACUGCGUUUCAUGCAUUUCCCUGAUAACCAAAAAUUACAUCAGUGGGGUGAAAUUAUAGUCAUGCUAUUCCUAAACCCAAGCAUACUUGCACGAUACUGUUUAACCAGUCCUGUUUCUACUGAGAAAUGCGUAAGAUUCCAUUUACAUUUUGAAAUAAAACUGGGUUUUUAAAACGUU